UAUAAGUAUUUCUUACGAUGGCAACUCGACGUUCCGUGUUCCAAACGUGCUCCUCUGGUAUAAUUUGCCAAAUAUAAAACAUCCCAAAAUUUCAUCCCCUUUUAUAUUCAGUAUGUAUUCAGAUUUCAGAUCCUUCCAUUCCCAGACUUCCCCUGCUUCCUCCCUGUUUCCUUGGCUCCAUUCCAUCUCCGCCCUCUCCGCAGCGCUCUUAAACCCGCGGCAGCCACGACCAGGGACUCUCCAGGUCCAAGAAUCCAUCCCGAGACCACCGAGAUGGAGCUGAGGAUGGCUCCCGCCUCGCCGCCAACGCCGCCGCCGCCCGCGAAGGACUUCCGGCUCGACAGCGCGGCCACGAGCCCGUACGCCACGGCGCCGUCCAGCCCGCGCGGUCGCCUCGUCCGGGACGAGGGAGCGGCGGGCGGCCCGUUCCUGACGGCGCCGCCGUCGCCCAACCCGUUCGACAUCCUGCCGCCGGCCACCGCGCGGCUCACCGGCGCCAACCCAUUCGACCUCUUCCAGCACUUCACCAGCGCGCCCGCCAGCCCACGGCGCGCCGCGGCCAUAUACGCGCACUUCGCCGAGGGGAACGGCGGGCGCGAUGGGGAUGGCGAGGAGGGCAGCGACGGCGACGAGGAGUUCCAGCCGCGCGGGUCGUACGCCACGGGCGGCUCGUCCGUGCCGUUCGACUGGGAGGAGCGGCCCGGGACGCCGAAGAGGGGGAUCGGCGGCGGCGGGGCCGCGAGCGAGGCGGCGUGGGACACGGACUUCGAGUUCGGCACCAUCGCCGACAAGGCUGCGCCGGCAGAGACGCUGACGACGGCCGACGAGCUCUUCGAGGAGGGGAAAAUCAGGCCUUUGAAGCCGCGGUUCAAGACGGCCGAGGAGCCCAAGGUUCGUCCGCUGAAGCCGCCGCCAGGGCUGCUUGACGGCGGGAGCGUCGCGUCAUCGCCGCGGUCGCCGAUGGCGAGAGGCGGCAUGCGGUCGCCGCGGCGGCGGAGCAGGGUCGGCUCUGGCUUCGACUUCGACCCGUUCGCCGCCGCGCUGCUGGAGGCGACCAAGGCGCCCUCCCCGCUCGGCGGCAAAGAAGCCAACGGCGGCGUCGCCCCAGGCUCUCCGCCCAAGAAACUGGCCCCGCGUCCCGCGUCGAGGAGUACCGGGUGGAGGAGGUGGCGGCUCAGCGACCUCCUCCUGUUCCGGAGCUCGUCCGACGGCGGCCGUGCCAACAAGCAGGACCCUAUCUUCAAGCCGGCGCAGCAGUUCGACGCGCCCGUCAAGAAGGCGUUCGCGCAGCCGGCGCUGACGAUCAAAGCCAGCGGCAAAGGCGACGACGUGGACAAGGCCAAGAAGCAUGGCAACAGGAGCGCGGCCGCGGCGGCGGAGAGCGUCGCCGGGUGCGCCCGGCUGAGCCCGCUGCAACGGCUGGCCAAAGGGCUCGGCGCGUACUCGUGGCACUACGGCCGCGACAUGGCGGCGCCGGCGACCAAAGGGUGAAGAAGAGUCCGAGUCGUUAGCCGUAUUGCUUUGCCCGGUUCUUGUCCAUACAAGAGGCGAUUUUUUUUUCCCUUUUCGUUUUUUCUUCUUUGCAUAGUGUUGAAACCAUGUACAAGUGCAAUUUGCCGCCAACACUGUUCUUGGUGCUGGUUUCUCUCUCUCUCUCUUUGUGGAGCUUGACUGUACUGUCGUGUCCUAUUUGCAGAAGAGAUUAUACGAUGAUGCCAGAAUAUUGUUAA